AUGAGCGAAAUAGCCAACUUGAUGCCGCCAGAUCAUCGAAUCGCCUCCGUGAGGCACUAUGAAGCAGCGCCACCUCCUGGUCUAGAGCUGCUCUCAUUCAUGUCCCAAGCACCGGAUCUUGCUGUCACCAGAGAGCUGGGAUUGAGUGCUUUGUGCAGUCCGUGCUUUGGCAAGGCUUGUCACAACGUCGCUAUAUGCCCGAUCAAGGAGGAUGAAGACGGCCCCAACGACCCUUCACCUUCAGAAGAUGAGUCUGAGAUGUACACAGUAUACCAGUAA